GCAUAUCUUUCCUUUCGUUUUUUCCCCCCACUCGCUAUUUACUUCUAUCCGUUAUUUCUCUUUCGGCACAAUGUAUUAUGGUGGUCCUCGGGUUUGCCACCACUUUAAGCAACCCGGCCACUUCGUUAGGGAUUGCCAACUUAGGCAAGUCCCGAACGCAGCCGCCCUGUUAGGCGGUCAAGGUGGAGAUGGGAGCAGAGCUCCGGCGCCACAAGACGUCGAUGGGUUACUGCCAGCACCGAAUGCCAUCGUACCGUAUCAAGCACCAGCAGCUAACGGAGGUCAGAAUGAUGGAGGAAGACACGGUCCGAACAAAGGGCAAGGCGGUAACCAUAAUCAAGGACCAAGCGGGAGUUGUAACCAUCAAGGAUACAAUGGAGGGUACAACAGAGGAGGGUACCAGCAACGGCCACGCAGCAAUUGGUGGGCCGACAACAGAGAAAAAGAGAAACAAGACAAGUUCGAGAGAGUGUGGGAUUGGUAUUCGGAAGCUAUGGACAACAAGGAGAAGGAACGAAGUGAGAGAGAGCAGAAACAAAAAGAAGAGGAGGAGAAGAAGCGUGCUCAAGAGGCAGAAGACGAGCGAAAUAAAGCCAAGAAGGAGCGACAAGAAUUUGAGAACUCGUUGGCAAGGACAGUGAAAGAAAGCAUGAAGGAGGUAUGCGACCAAGUGAUGGUGAAAGGCAAGUCCAACACCAGCCAAGCAACUGCUGAGGUGCGCAGGAAGGAACAAGACGAAAAAUGGUGGAAGGAGGACGCAGUUGCAAGAGAGCAGAUGGAAAAGGAGAGGGACGCGGAGGUCCAACGGUUGAGGAAAGAGAACGAUGACUUGACGAGAGUUGCCACGGGAAGAGCGAGUAAGGAGCUAGACGCACUCAAAGCAGACAACCAGGCAUUGAUUCACGAUGUGCUUCUCUUGCGAGACGAAAUGGAGAACCUAAAGCGCAGCAGUAAAAGAGGUUUUGAGGUCGUCUCCGAGAAAAGUCCACCACAAGAACCAACGAGAGGAAAAUGUAAAGCCGUGACGGAAGGCCAGACACCGGGUGACUGGGCAAAGUUGUCCGAAGCAUACCGGCGAGUUCGAGAUGAGAAGGACAUGGCGGAGCACGAGGUUUCUGCGUUGAAAGAAAGAAUCAACAGGAUCAAAUUACGUCACCAUCGAGCUCCCGGCACAAGCUCUUCCGAAGGAAGAGCCCAAAAAGGAAGCCCGGCGACGAGCAAGUAAAAGUCACGUUCGUAAGGAAGAUAGGCGAAGAUCGUGAGGCUUUCUACAAAAGAGCUUUUACGGA